AUGGUUCGUGCACAGUGUUAUCGCCCGUUAUCACCUCGCUCAUUGGAAUGCUCACCACGCCCGUCCACAUCACCUCGCCUGCUUGACUUGACACCUCCGGCCAGUACUUUGAGCUCGGCGGCCAGUGAAAUAUCCGAAAUGCCGACCAGCUGCUCUGCUGAUAUCUCCUAUCAAAGCGCCGCUCAUGCCUUCAACAGGGAAAUCUUCUCGCGAUGUGUUCAAAUAGUGGAAGCGGCCGACAAGCAGGGACACAUUGAAAUGUAUACAAAUGAUACACUUGCUCACCAUUCCUACAUCGCUAUGGUCAAUGAAGCAGACAAAACAGAAGACGCGUUAAAGCUGGCAACAUGGUGGAACAAAUUCCUCGAAGGUGUGGAGCCUGGCCGUCCUAAUGCAGAAGUGUUGGAGAUUCUCGAGAUGAGAGCCACGGCUUUGGAAAGUCUCAUCGAACUCGACGACAUCAACCGUGACGCACUCGUUCAGAGACUGAUCAGCGUUCUAGUUCAGGAAUUUCCUGUGUUGUCAAUCGGCAUUUUCAUUCACGUACACUUCGACGGUUGGAGAAAGAUUGCCGAAUGGUUGGAAGAAUACGAACAAGGC